UGCUCGGCGGUGGCGGCGGGGCCGGGCCGGGGCCAUGGAGCGCUGGACCGGCCGGGUCGCGCUGGUCACCGGCGCCUCCGUGGGCAUCGGCGCGGCCGUGGCGAGGGCGCUGGUGCAGCACGGCAUGAAGGUGGUGGGAUGCGCUCGCAGCGUCGAUAAGAUCGAGAAGCUGGCAGCUGAGUGCCAGAGCGCUGGCUACCCGGGCACGCUGAUCCCAUACAAGUGUGACCUGUCCAACGAGGAGGAGAUCCUGUCCAUGUUCUCUGCCAUCAAGACCCUUCACCAGGGUGUGGAUGUCUGCAUCAACAACGCAGGGCUGGCCCGACCUGAGCCCCUGCUCUCAGGGAAGACAGAGGGCUGGAGGACCAUGAUAGAUGUUAAUGUGAUGGCUGUGAGCAUCUGCACCAGGGAAGCUUAUCAGUCCAUGAAGGAGAGAAACAUCGACGAUGGGCACAUAAUUAACAUUAACAGCAUGAACGGGCACAGCGUGGUGCCCCAGUCCGUGGUGCAUUUCUACAGUGCCACCAAGUACGCGGUGACAGCGCUGACCGAGGGGCUGAGGCAGGAGCUGCGUGAGGCCAGGACCCACAUCCGAGCCACAUGUAUAUCUCCAGGACUGGUGGAAACAGGAUUUGCUUUUAAACUUCAUGAUAAUGACCCCGAGAGAGCUGCUGCAACUUAUGAGAGCAUUCGGUGUCUCAAGGCUGAAGACAUGGCCAAUGCUGUCAUCUAUGUCCUCAGUGCCCCUCCUCAUGUACAGAUUGGGGAUAUACAGAUGAGGCCCACGGAGCAGAUCUCGUAGCAGGGGAGGAGGAUGAGGAGGACCAUGAGCAGCACCCUGUCCACUCCACUUGGAACCCUCUGGCAGCCCAGGGUUCCCUCGGCUGGCUGGCAACGUUUUAAUCAAGUACCAAGGAUCAUGUUUGAAGAAUUAUUUUUCUCUCCCUCUCUCUGAGCUGGUGCUGAGCCAGUUUGAAAAAAAAAAAAAGAACCACAAACUCGUAGUGGGUCUCUUUCUCCCCCACUCCUUUCUGAAACUGCCUAAGAGUAAAAAUGUAUUUGAAAAUAAUGCAGGGAACUGGUUUGUGGAAGAUUGUUUGUCUCCAGGCUGGUUUGUUCUUCCUUUUGCUUUCUUUUCAAGGUUUGUUUGAUCUUAGUUGCUGAUGCUGUGUGUGGACCUAGGUGAGGUGGCACAAGAUGUUUGCCAGCUUCAGUGUGCUUAGGGUCUGAGAUUUUCAGUGGAUGUCAUACAUGAAUCCAUCUAAUAUUUUAUUUUCAUCAGGUUGAUUACUGAUGGUGAUGAUGCACGUGGUAUUUUAUAUUUCUUUUGUAUUCCACUGCCCUAACCCCAGUGUACAAGCUCCCCCAGCCCUCUUUUCCCCUUCACAUGAAUCAUGCCUGCCAAGUUUGAGGAAGUAUAAAUGUGUGUGCUUGAUAUUUCUCUUUUUUUCUAGGUAGGUAAAUAGUUGGAGGAAAAGCACCUGUCCCUGUGCAGGUUAGGAUGAUAAUCUAAGUGGCAUAGUUACAGUAAGAGUGAGUUGUUUGGUAUUUUUAAUAAAAACUAAACGUGUGCUGUCUUGUGAUCACCUCUAUCCUUGGUAUCAUCCCCCAGCACUCUCGAUGUUCUGUAUGUGAUAUUUGCAUGCAUUGACACUUUUCUGGAAACGUGGAUUGCUCUGGUGCUGUUGAAAUGCUGGUGCUGAGGAGCUGGAAAUGGUGGAAGUUUAUUUCUAUGUAGAGACACAAACUCUGAGAGAGAGAGAGAGAGAGGGAGAGGGAGAGGGAGAGUGGAACGAGCCAUGCUGGAGGUGUCUGGAACCAGGAGAGAUUUGUAGAGGAUUUUUGGCUACAGAAAGCAGAAGAUGAAAGGUCUGGCUGAGAUCUCGUGUUGGUGCAGCCCCAGUGUUUGGCUCUGGGUUUACUCUGAGUUGAGGGAGAAGAGAAUUGGCCUCAAAGCAGAGCUGGACUUGUCUUGAGACUCUGUGUGUGUGUGUGUCCAGCUCUUGGACACGUUGCCUUAAGAUUGCAGAGCCUGUCCAGCUCCUGCUGGGCUCCAGGCAGCGUUUCAGGUCAGGGAUGGUCACUUGGUCAGAGCAGAGGAUGGAGAGCCUGGGAAAUUGGGGUUGGAUUGUUUGGCUGACACCAGGAGAGCCCUGGCAAUUCAUCUGUGUUGCCCCUCCACAAGGGAGACCAGAGCUGGGCCACCAAACACGAGUCCAGCUCCCUGUACAGCCUUGGGCAAGUCACUUUACCUCUCUGCCUCAGUUUCCCCUCUGGAAAAUGGGGAUAAUAACACUCACCUACCUCACAGGGGUGUUGUGAGGACUCACAAGCUUUUGUAAAGCACUUUGACCACGACAGGCGCUGUGUAAGUGCUGAGUGUUGAUAUUGAAGUAUUAUUAUGAAUUAAACCUUGUGAUACCUAGAAUUCCUUGUGCCAAAGGUGAGCAGCUGUAGGAGGAUACAAGCAGUAAACUGGCAAAAUGUUCCUUUCAUGAUGGCAAAAACAAAAGGCAAUUUGCCCUCUUUUUUUUCCUCUUUAUUAACACAUGAUUUGUUCUGUCCAUUCCUCACCUGUCACUGGUUUCUCCUGACAAGUGUACCUGGAUUUGGCUUUUUAAUUUAUUGUGAGUGAAAUCCCUGCCCCUUGGGAAGUUUUGCACUGCCAGGGAUGCCAAGGUGGUGCCUUUGUGUGGAUUCCCAGCAGGUGCCCUAGACAGUGUGUGCCAUCUUUAGGAGAAGGUGGUUGAACUACUAAAGAGGCCAAAAAAAGAAAAAAAAAUUGAGAAAUUAGGAACUUCUGAGCAGGGAUGUGGGCAGCAGUGGUGAAACAUUGAAUUGUGGCAGCAACUGUGUGCAAAGUUCAGCAGAUGUUGAAAUGUGUGGCUGAGGAGAGGCUUUACAUCUCCCUGAGCUGUAAAAGGAGGAUUUGCAGAGAAUUGCUUAAGAUGCAGAACCUUGACAAAGGGUUUGGCUGGAUAGUUGCUCCCUGCAAAUGCAGCCUGGCUGCCCUGCAGCCCUGGAAGUUGUUGGGUUUUUGUUUUUAUUUUUACCCCCAAGAACAUCUGUAAUUCUCUAAAGGGACCUCGAGAUGAUGUGCAGUAUAUUUUUAUUUGAAGUGUGGUUUUAGGGGAUCAUCUCUGCUGCCUGCUAACCUCCCCCACGAAGGAGGGCUCCUCUGUGGGUUCUGUGGCCUCGGGUGGCCUUGGUGGCACCUCCUGCCACCUUCUUGGGAUGAGAUGGGACACGACUCCGAGGCAGUGAGACCCCUCAAACGUGAGGAUCAGUGAACUGUGUAAUUUAUCAGUAGGUUUCUAAUUGUGAACUGUAAAAUAAAGAAUAAAAAGAGAGGCACACUGUG